CGUCAAUUUACAUGCUCAGUUUAUCACGAGAUGUUGUCUGAAACAAAAGCAAUUGUAAUUGGUGGCUUAGGAGGUAUUGGCAGUGCAAUUUGCCACUCACUGCUCCAGCAAAAAGUUCAAAAGCUUGCAAUUUUCGACAUUCAUGAUGCUAUCACUGCGGAAUUUGUUGACAAAGUCACCUACGAAAAAUGUCGAAUUGACCAAAAAGACGACUUAAAAAAUGCAUUUGAAAAAAUCUGGGAAAUUUUCGGAGGAUUCAACUUGGUUAUCAAUUCCGCUGGCAUCGUAAAUGAACAAGAUGUGGAAAAAGUUUUUGCCAUCAAUACGAUUGGCGCCAUAAAUUUCGUGAAUGUAGCUGUCGAGACAAUGCGCAAGGAUAAAAAAUCCAAUGGCGGUGGAACAAUCGUCAAUAUUGCAUCUACCUUGGGAUAUCUUCCGUAUCAAGGAUUUCCGUUCUAUGUCGCGAGCAAACAUGCUCAAAUUGGAUUCAUGAAAAGCAUUGCAGAUCCCGCGUUCAGUGAAUUAACGGGACUUAAGUUCAUCACAAUUUGUCCUGGCUACACGGAUACUCGACUAAUUGGUAGUUCCGGUAUUAAUUCGUUGGCAUUGCGAGCGCAAGGUGAACCUUUUCCGCCACAAAAGACGACAGUUGUUGCCGAUUGCAUUUUGCGUGCUCUUGGCACGACAAAGACCUCGUCGUUUUGGAGGUGUGUCAAUGGAGAAAUAAGCGAAAUUGAGUUGUUAACUGCUAAUGACAUUCAAUGAGGUUUUUGUGAAUAAAAUUAAAAUAUAUUUUACAACCGCUAAUUAACGAUUAUAUUGGCAAGUAUUACGUAAAGCAGAGCUGCGGUUAUUACCAUUGCCGACGUGGGUCUCUCAAAUUACAUUUUGCAUUAAAAUUUUUGCUACUCAGACAAAUAAAAUAAACGAUCGGCGUUCUAUAAAUGGCUUUGAAAGUCAAGAACAAAAAAAGAGACAUUUUAAUCCAAUAAUGAAUGUUAUUUUGAAUUUAUAUGGGCAAGCACGAGAGCGCGAUUGAAUGAAUGACGCAAAAUGAAUCGGGAAGACGUGCACCUGUGAAUGUCGUAGAGUAAAUA